AUGAAGAAAGCUGCGGCAUUGAUGAAACAGAUCGUUGCGUUGUUGAGCUCUGUGGCAAAGGCUAAAUCUAUAGCCAUAAAGAACAAAACAAACGACUUCAAAACACGACUCCUCAUGUUGUCUCUCGUGAAACACAAGAAGCUCGGGUUCCGUUCACUUUCCAACAAGAUCCACAACCUGCUCGGCCAUGCAGAUCAAGACCACGACCCCGACCAGGACCAAGACAAGAGUAAGGCUAUAGUUCUCUACAACAGCGCAGCAUCCACAUCGGCUCAUCAUGAGAGUUACGACGUGCGCGAGGAGGAUAACGAAAAGUAUCCCGAUCUGAGGCACACGUUGUUCGAAGGAGAGGAAGAUUUUGGGGACAUGGAGGAAUGUCAAGGCAGUUCUGUGAUAGAUAUGGUGAGGAGCUCGAAGGAAGAAGAAGGAGCGAGUUUCAAGCUAGAAGAUGAGAUCGACCAUGUCGCAGAUAUCUUCAUUUCGAGGUUUCAUAAGCAGAUGAAGCUUCAGAAACUUUUGUCUUUCAAGAGGUAUCAAGACAUGCUAGCCCGAGGCACCUAA